UUUCAGGCGCUUCUGUGAGGCUGAGACCGAAGCCGGUCCGCUGGGCGGCGGGGCGGCGGGGCUGGAGGGGCGCGCGUGGCGGCGGCGGCGGCGGCGGCCCAGCGUGUAGGCGCGGAGGCGGCCAUGGCGGGCAACUUCGACUCGGAGGAGAGGAGUAGCUGGUACUGGGGGCGGUUGAGCCGACAGGAGGCGGUGGCGCUGUUGCAGGGCCAGCGGCACGGGGUGUUCCUGGUGCGGGACUCGAGCACCAGCCCCGGGGACUAUGUGCUCAGCGUGUCCGAGAACUCGCGCGUCUCCCACUACAUCAUCAACAGCAGCGGCCCGCGCCCGCCGGUGCCACCGUCGCCCGCUCAGCCUCCGCCCGGGGUGAGCCCCUCCAGACUCCGGAUAGGAGAUCAAGAGUUUGAUUCAUUGCCUGCUUUACUGGAAUUCUACAAAAUACACUAUUUGGACACUACAACAUUGAUAGAACCAGUUUCCAGAUCUAGGCAGAGUAGUGGAGUGAUUCUCAGGCCAGAGGAGGCAGAGUAUGUGCGAGCCCUCUUUGACUUUAAUGGGAAUGAUGAAGAAGAUCUUCCCUUUAAGAAAGGAGACAUCCUGAGAAUCCGGGAUAAGCCUGAAGAGCAGUGGUGGAAUGCAGAGGACAGCGAAGGAAAGAGGGGGAUGAUCCCAGUCCCUUACGUGGAGAAGUAUAGACCUGCCUCCGCCUCAGUAUCGGCCCUGAUUGGAGGUAACCAGGAGGGUUCCCACCCACAGCCACUGGGUGGGCCGGAGCCUGGGCCCUAUGCCCAACCCAGCGUCAACACUCCGCUCCCUAACCUCCAGAAUGGGCCCAUUUAUGCCAGGGUUAUCCAGAAGCGAGUCCCUAAUGCCUACGACAAGACAGCCUUGGCUUUGGAGGUCGGUGAGCUGGUAAAGGUUACGAAGAUUAAUGUGAGUGGUCAGUGGGAAGGGGAGUGUAAUGGCAAACGAGGUCACUUCCCAUUCACACAUGUCCGUCUGCUGGAUCAACAGAAUCCCGAUGAGGACUUCAGCUGAGUAUAGCUCAACAAACAGUUUUGCUGACACAUGGGAACAAUUUUUCUUUCCUCCCCCAGUUGACAUCUAUACAAUUUUCUUACAGGUAUCAAAACAGUCUAGUUUAUGUAAGCAUUCUGUUACCUGUGAUCUUUUUUAGACUGAACUACUCCAUUCCUACUCUUAUUUACCACGUUCAGAGUACGAAACUGGAGGGCUUGUAUGGUUAACUUCUGAAUUGGCAAUUUUUGAUGAUAUUGGUCCUGCCUGUAUCAGAAGGGAUAGGUAUCUUGCCUCCUUUCAGGCAGUGGAGAUCAGCUUGUGGCAAACUGAUGAACACUGCUUACCCUGAAUUGUUCAGUAGUUCUUUCAUUCUGAAAUCAUGCUAUCAAAUGUUCCCUUCCACCCCAUUAAGUAAUGCACCAUGUGAAUAGUAUCCAGUGGGAUUGCAUUUUCACUUAUGGAACAUGACCAUUGUAUGACAUUUCAAAUCCUGAGAAAGUUCUGAGAACACUACUAGAAGCAUUUGUCUUCCUUCCCAGUCAUUGCUUCAAGCUUUUUCUUAGGAUUCUUUCAACUCUUACUUUCUCUUCCUUCAGACCUACAAGCAGGUUAAUUCUUAAGGUAAUGUGUGUUUUUUUUCCAGAAAAAAAGCAGGAUGUUCAGAGCACUUUAUUUAGUGCAUAGCUUUAAGCCAGUAUUGGAUUCACUCAGUGAGCAAACUCCUAGCUCUCUGCCUUCCCCUGAGGAGUCAUUGUAGGUCCACACUGCUAUGGCACCUAAAGAGACUCCUGGCUGAUGGGACCUAAAAGGCCAUUUCUCCUAGGUGCCAGUAUCCUCAUAGGAGAUGCAGAGUUCUAAUUCUCAGAUUCUACUUGGAGUGGAAGGACCAAUCACUUAUACUAUUCCAUGGAAGGUUUCAGGGCCAAAUUCUGCCCUCUGCAUUGUGUGCAACUUUUAUAUAAGGCAAAUUAGAAUUAUAUGAGUUUGGGGUAGGGUUAGAGCUUUGAAAAAUGUGUGAAUCAAUCAUGAAUUAACUAUGUAUUCAUUUUACUUGGCCAGAAUAGUAUUUGAAGUACAUGACAUUAUAAAUUGCCUUUGUUUUUGGUUCUUUUUAUAUCCAGGUUUAGUUUACAAACCUACAUGUAGAAUGGCUUAUAUGGAGUCUCAUGCUCCAAAGAAUAGACCUAUAAGACCAAAAACGAUCUAGGCUCUUUUUAACGACAACAUGAAACUUUCAAAGUUAGUACCCAUUCAAUAUAGGCACUGGACUCUGGUGUCCUAUGACCAAUAAAAACAUCUAUACUUUGCUUCGGACCUCAUUUUAGAACAAUAAUGUAUCUUUCUAUUAUCCUGCAUAGGUUAUAUGAUAAAUUUGCAUUCUUGAAACAUACACCAAAUCAUGGUAUUUCAGUGACUAGCACAUUGCCUGGAGCACAGUGUGUGCAGCUGUGUGUGAGUGAAUGAGGGGAGUGCAGAGCUUGUUACAUGGCCCAGGGAAGCCAACUGGUGCGGGAUUACAAACCUCAUCACAGGCAAACUAAUGAGUUGACGCUAAUUUAUUUUUACCUCACACUAAGGUAAUGCUUGAUAAAGACAGUAAUACUCGACUUAUAAAACGUUAGCACAGUGCUAUGCACAUAGUUGGGUGCUUAAUGUUGGAUGAACAGAUUUGCAAUACUCGACAUAAUUCCACCUGACUACUUGUACAUUUCCAGUUAGCGUAGAUACUGUAAAAUCCAAAUACACCUUCAAUUUUGUUUUCCUGAAAGUAUGGCAUCUAAAAUAUUUGUAUAAGAUCCUUGUCACAAAUGAUCUGAAUGUUUGUAUUUUCUUUUGGCUUUGAUAUUGGCUGAAAAAUGUGUCUCUUCAUCCUAUGUAUUGUUAAUGGAACAUGCAACUCUACUAAAAUGACAAGAACUUCUCAAUGAUCAGUUGUCUGAAGCCAUUACAUGAACUCUUGGGUUGGAUUGGCGUGGUGUAGCGGUUACUGGACCUCAAGAAAUCAAGACUUCGCAUAAGUAUCUUCCCAUAAAAAAGAAAUGCUAGGCUCCAAGUUCAUAUGUACAUUGUUACAGAGCAAAGUAAACUGAAAUUGGCUGCUAUAUUUUAUAUAUAAUCACUCUGCAAAAGCCCAUUUUUUGAAUACUAAUAUUUGACACGUUAAUUCUUAAUUAAUUUGUUGUAAUUGUUUAUUGUUAAUAAUGCAAAUAGAUAAUUUUUAAUUAUCCACAAGUAACAUUUCACUAUUAAUGGUUUGAAAUGGGUGAAAAGCAAACCAAUUUGAAAUAAAAUAUGAACAUGUGCCAUUGUAUUAUAACACUAUACACUUUCUUGACAGUUAAAUUUUAAAAAAAUGUUUUUUUGUAGCAUGUAUUGUAUAUGUUUAUAGUAUAUGUAGUAAAUAAAAAUAUGGCCAAAUA